AUGAUGCACGGAUCGCAAGCACUGCUACAGGCUGCGAAACGCAAAGUCUCCGCUAUCGCUUCUAACGCAAUCACCAUGCGAUCGAUUACUGUUGGAACCGACAUGAUCAGUUCCGUGAUUUCCUUACAAAAGGCUCGUCCCUGGUACAUGUCGGAUGCGGAGGGAUCCAAUAUGGCCGACGACAAUGCCGUGACGCUCAAAGAUCUCUUUAAAAAACAGACGGUUGCUCUUUUUGGCGUUCCUGCGCCCUUCACUGGUACGUGCUCAAACGAGCACUAUCCGGGAUACAAGGCUCUGGCAGACGACUUUCUACAGGCCGGUGUCGAUCGCAUUGUAUGUUACAGUGUCGCGGAUCCGUACGCCAUGGACGGCUGGGCCAAAGCUUUGAAGAACGAUGCCGAAAAGAUCACUUUCAUGGCGGACCCAGACUCUUUGUUUGCCAAGGCCUAUGGGUUGGACGCAGCGUACGAUGCGGUCAGCCUGGGACAACGGUCUAUUCGGUUUUCAAUGGUGGUCGCGGAUGGAAAGGUAGAGGCAUUUCACAAAGUCGACGACGCGGUGAAGGAUGCGGAGACCCUUCUGGCUGACGUCAAGGAAUGGAAAGAUCAUCAGUAA